AUGGCUAAUAAUGAUGAAAUGGCAAUGUUGUAUGCUGUUGAAAAUAUUGAACAACAUGAACGAAUAAUUCACGUAAGACAAAGUCGAAAUCCAGAAUUUAUUACAGACCCAUUUACAUACACAGAUCGACUAUUCAUCAAAAACUAUAGACUAACUAAAGAACUAGUUACUAAUUUAGUUGAACUCGUAAGACCUUAUAUAGUGUCAAAGAGUCGUUCGUCUGCGAUUGAUUUAAAAACAAAAGUUUUAGUUACAUUGAAUUUUUUGGCCACGGGAUCAUACCAGUUACCUAUUGGUAACAGUAGAUUCACUGCUGUAUCCCAACCAACCGUAUCUCACUGUAUAAGCGAGGUUGUUGCUGCAAUAAAUCAUCCUGAAAUAUUUCAUGAUUGGGUUAAGUUUCCCAAAAAUAUGAAUGAGCUCUCCAAAGUCCGCAAUGA